AGGUAGCCUUGUGUUUAUGCGUCUGUUUGGUUGCUCGUGUAGUAUCCCGCAGUGUACCGGUUGAAGAAGCUAUGGCUGGCUCAGGCAUGCAGAUCCUUGGUUUCGCGCUCGCGCUGCUCGGCUGGAUCGGAGUGAUCACGGCGUGCGCGCUCCCCAUGUGGAAGGUGACGGCGUUCAUCGGGCAGAACAUCGUGACCGCGCAGACCUUCUGGGAGGGCUUGUGGAUGAACUGCGUGAUGCAGAGUACGGGCCAGGCGCAGUGCAAGGUCUACGACUCCAUGCUCGCGCUGCCACGGGACCUGCAGGCCGCGCGCGCUCUGGUGGUGAUCGCUAUCCUGGUGGCGCUGGUGGGGCUCGCGCUCGCGGCCGCCGGCGGGGACUGCACCAACUGCGUGGAGGACGACACGGCCAAGGCGCGGGUGUCCGUGACGGCCGGCGUGUGCCUGGUGGUGGCCGGCGUGCUGUGCCUCAUCCCGGUCUCCUGGUCGGCCAACACCGUCAUCACCGACUUCUACAACCCGCAGGUGACGGACGCGCAGAGGCGCGAGCUGGGGGCCAUGGGAAGACAACUCUUGGCAGUCUUCCUGGCCGUUAUCGGCUUCCUGGGCACCAUCCUGAUCUGCGCCCUGCCCAUGUGGAAGGUGUCAGCGUUCGUGGGAGCCAACAUCGUGACAGCCCAGGUGUUCUGGGAGGGCUUGUGGAUGAACUGUGUGAUGCAGAGCACCGGGCAGAUGCAGUGCAAGGUGUAUGACUCUAUUCUGGCUCUGCCUCAGAACCUCCAGGCAGCUCGAGCCUUGAUCUGCGUCUCCAUUGCCGUUGCUGUGGUCGCCAUCGCUUUAACCGUGGUUGGAGCCAGCUGUACUAACUUCUACCGCGAGGACCACCACUCCAAAGCAAAGAUCGGAAUAGUAGCCGGGGUGGGCUACAUCAUUGCGGGGCUGGUGUGCCUGAUAGCUGUGAGCUGGUCAGCGUACACCAUCAUCGUGAACUUCUACAGUCCUCUAGCUACACUGGCCACUAAAGGAGAGCUGGGGGCCUCCAUCUACGUGGGAUGGGCAGCAGGUUUCCUCCUGGUCGUGGGCGGCAGCAUAUUCAUCAGCUCAUAUUCGAGCAGCUGCUGAUAAUACUAGAACAGAGGGAGGUUCUUCAAGCUGUGGAUGCAGAGGGAUGUUCUUCCCUGCAGACCUGGAUGGAUUAUGGAAGAACAGAAAAACUGUGAAGAUUUGCAGUUUCAGAAUGUUGAUAUUGCACUGAAGGAAACUUAUUUAUGGAGCUUAAAAUGUAACUUUGUAUAUUUGAAUUGAAAUGACAGGGCAUUUAAGUAAAUUUGACAUAUUUUAUGGUAUCAUUCAUAAUUUUUAAAUUCAAAUCUCUUUGAUUCAGAAUUAAGAAAUAUACAUUUAGGCCAAAUGUAAAAUUUUCUGGCUUCCCAAAAAAUGAAUUACACCUUAAAAUAUUUCAAAAUGACUAAAUGCUGUGUGAAUGCAAUUAUAUAUACAAAUUCAGAUUCAAAAAUAUUUUUCACUUUUGACGCUCCAUGAUGACUAUGUUAGUGUAUAUAGUGCAAAAUAUUGCCAAGGACUGAACAUUUAGAUAUAUUUUUUAUAAAUGUUAUAAAUAGAUGUAUUUUAUGUGGACUAAAUAUCUAUUUUGUAUUCUUUGUUAAUACAUGAAUGUCAGUGUUUGACAGUCAAUAAAAAUACACAUUGUGCUUAGAGCUGUUAGAAUUGUGGCUAAAAGAAGCUCGUAACUUAGAAAUUAUAUAUAAAUACCCCACAAAUUUGUAAUUGAAAACUUCCAGAGUAGAGGUGACCUUCAACCUUUCAACAUGAUGCAAUAUAAAUUCUAAGAGUUUAAAACAUAAAAAGUUUUUAAGAUAAAAUAAGCCAAAAUCUUAGGGGGUUGUAAUAUUUUCUAUGUCCUAGCUAGAAAAAUACAACAAAUGAACAGUCAUCCACUUAUGCAAUUUAUUAUAACCUACAAGGUCUCUGUAUAAAGAGGCACUGUAUUUUGCCAAAUGCCAAAUAAGCAUUUGCAUUUUGAAAAAAAUAUAUAUAGGGAGAUUGACCCUCUUUGCUGUGAACAACAAAACUAAAUACACUGUUUUGUAUGAUCAGCACUAUAUAUUAAUGUACUUGACUAUGUUCUUUAUAUCUGGAAUCGCUUGUAAUUGUUGUAAUUUUUUGAAUGUACAAUAAAAACCAAAUAUUUACAAUGAACAACUAAAA